AUGAGUACCCGGACCUCCCUCCUGCCCCCCAGCGGCCUGGCGGCUGCUUGCCAUCCCCAUCCGGCCUGGCUGAGACAGGGUGACAGGCUCGCUGGGAACUCACAGAAUGUCCCUUUCUCCCUGGAGUUAACACCUGAUACUCCAGUGGUGGCAGGGCAGCCCACAGUGGUGCCCGCUGGCCUUGGUGUUCACACCGGCCGGGAGGCCAUAUACACGGCAGAAGCCGGAGCCAGAUCUGGAGUCCGCCAGAUCCGAGCAGUCGCGGAGCCACCAAAGGGCGGCAACUCCCUCCACGGGGUGACCAUCCACCCGCCUCUGAGGAGCACCCCCCUGGUGCGAGCCCUGAACGCGGCGCACGGAGGGCGGGUGUGCAGCACGUGGGGCAACUUCCACUACAAGACCUUCGAUGGCGACGUCUUCCGCUUCCCCGGGCUGUGCAACUACGUCUUCUCCGCGCACUGCGGUGCCGCCUACGAGGACUUCAACCUUCAGCUCCGCCGCGGCCCAGGCCCCAACGCCACCGCGCCCAGCAGGGUCACCAUGAAGCUUGACGGCAUGGUCGUCGAGCUGACAAAGGGCUCCGUGCUGGUCAACGGCCGCCCAAUUCAGCUGCCCUUCAGCCACUCCGGAGUCCUCAUUGAGCAGAGCAGCAGCUACGUGAAGGUGGCGGCCAAGCUGGGCCUGGUCUUCAUGUGGAACCAGGAUGACAGCCUUCUGCUGGAGCUGGACGCCAAGUACGCCAACCAGACCUGCGGGCUCUGCGGAGACUUCAAUGGCGUCCCCAUCUUCAACGAGUUCUUCUCCCACAACGUCAAGCUGACCUCCACCGAGUUUGGGAAUCUGCAGAAGAUGGACGGCCCCACGGAGCAGUGUCAGGACCCUGCCCCUGAGCCCCCCACGAACUGCUUGACCGGUUUUUGCCCGGGCACCUGCUCGGUGCUGGGCGGUGCCCACUUCUCCACGUUUGACGAGAGGCAGUACACGGUACACGGGGACUGCAGCUACGUGCUGGCCAAGCCCUGUGACAGCAGCACCUUCACCGUGCUGGCCGAGCUGCGCAGGUGUGGGCUGACCGACAGCGAGACCUGCCUGAAGAGCCUGACGCUGAUCCUGGGCGGGGGGCACAUGGUCUUCGUGGUAAAGGCCAGCGGGGAGGUGUUUGUGAACCAGAUCUACACCCAGCUGCCCCUCUCGGCAGCCAACGUCACGCUCUUCAGACCCUCCACCUUCUUCAUCAUCGCCCAGACCCAGCUGGGCCUGCAGCUGGACAUCCAGCUGGUGCCCGUCAUGCAGGUGUUCGUGAGGCUGGCGCCCCAGCUCCGGGGGCAGACCUGCGGCCUGUGCGGGAACUUCAACCAGAACCAGGCCGACGACUUCCGGACCAUCAGCGGCGUGGUGGAGGGCACGGCCGCCGCCUUCGCCAACACCUGGAAGACCCAGGCCGCCUGCCCCAAUGUCAAGAACGGCUUCGAGGACCCCUGCUCCCUCAGCGUGGAGAAUGAGAAGUACGCUCAGCACUGGUGCUCGCGGCUGACAGACCCCCACGGCCCCUUCACCCGGUGUCACGCUGCUGUGAACCCCAGCGCCUACUACUCGAACUGCAUGUUUGACACGUGCAGCUGUGAGAAGAGUGAGGACUGCAUGUGCGCGGCCCUGUCCUCCUACGUGCGGGCCUGCGCCGCCCGGGGCGUGCUGCUCGGCGGCUGGCGGGACGGCGUGUGCACAAAGCCCAUGACCACCUGCCCCAAGUCGCUGACCUACCUCUACAACAUCAGCACCUGCCAGCCCACCUGCCGGGCCCGGAGUGACACGGACGUUACCUGCAGCGUCAGCUUCGUUCCCGUGGAUGGCUGCACCUGCCCUGACGGCACCUUCCUGGAUGAUAUGGGCAAGUGUGUGCCGGCCACCAGCUGCCCCUGCUACCAUGGGGGCUCCGUGGUCCCCGAUGGGGAGUCGACGCACGAGCAGGGGGUCAUCUGCACCUGCACCCAGGGCACACUGACCUGCAUCGGAGGUCACGCCCCAGCUCCAGUCUGUACCCCACCCAUGGUCUACUUCGACUGCCGCAAUACCACGCCUGGGGCCGCUGGGGCCGGCUGUCAGAAGAGCUGCCACACCCUGGACAUGGACUGUUACAGCUCCCAGUGUGUGCCUGGCUGUGUGUGUCCCCACGGGCUGGUGGCCAAUGGCGAUGGCGGCUGCAUCCCUGUGUCCGACUGCCCUUGUGUGCACAACGAGGCCAGCUACCAGCCGGGCCAGAUCAUCCGGGUGGGCUGCAACACCUGCACCUGUAAGAGCAGGAUGUGGCAGUGCACAGACCAGCCCUGCCCGGCCACCUGUGCGGUGUACGGCGACGGCCACUACCUCACCUUCGACGGGCAGCGCUACAGCUUCAGCGGAGACUGCGAGUACACGCUGCUUCAGGACCACUGCAGGGGGAACGGCAGCGCCCAGGAUGGCUUCCGCGUCAUCACCGAGAACGUCCCCUGUGGCACCACCGGGACCACCUGCUCCAAGGCCAUCAAGAUCUUCCUGGGGAGCUACGAGCUGACGCUGAGUGACGGGAACGUGGAGGUGAUCGAGAAGGAACAGGGGCAGCUGCCACCCUUCUCCAUCCGCCAGAUGGGCAUCUACCUGGCGGUAGACACGGAUGUCAGCCUGGUGUUGCUGUGGGACAGGGGGACCACCAUCUUCCUCAGACUCAGCCCCGAGUUCAAGGGGAGGGUCUGCGGGCUGUGCGGGAACUUUGACGACAAUGCCCUCAACGACUUCACCACGCGGAGCCAGUCCGUGGUGGGCGACGCGCUGGAGUUCGGCAACAGCUGGAAAUUCUCCCCGUCCUGCCCGGACGCCCAGGCCCCCAAGGACCCCUGCACCGCCAACCCGUACCGCAAGUCCUGGGCCCAGAAGCAGUGCAGCAUCAUCAACAGCGCCACCUUCAGCGCCUGCCACGCCCACGUGGAGUCGGCCAGGUACUACGAGGCCUGCGUGAGCGACGCAUGUGCCUGCGACUCGGGGGGUGACUGCGAGUGUUUCUGCACGGCCGUGGCCGCCUACGCCCAGGCCUGCCACGAAGCGGGCGUGUGCGUGUCCUGGCGGACCCCGGACAUCUGCCCCCUCUUCUGCGACUACUACAACCCCCAGGGCCAGUGCGAGUGGCACUACCAGCCCUGCGGGGCCCCCUUCCUGAGGACCUGCCGGAACCCCCGCGGCCAGUACCUGCACGACGUCCGCGGCCUGGAAGGCUGCUACCCCAAGUGCCCAUCAGAGGCCCCCAUCUUCGAUGAGGACCAGAUGCGAUGUGUAGCUUCAUGCCCAACCCCGACCCCACCAACGCCCUGCCGUGUCCAGGGCAAGUCCUACCGGCCGGGCUCCGUGGUGCCCUUGGAAAAGAACUGCCACUACUGCGUUUGCACCGAGAGCGGCGUGCAUUGCACCUACGACUCUGAGGCCUGUGUCUGCACCUACGACGGGAGGCGCUUCCGUCCCGGGAAAGUCAUCUACCACACGACGGACGGCACGGGGGGCUGCAUCUCCGCCCGCUGUGGGGCUAACGGCACCAUCGAGAGGAGGGUCGAAGCCUGCAGCCCUACCCCCCGCACCCCCCAAACCACCUUCACCUUCUCUACAACCCUGUUCGUCAUGAGCUCCACGCUUCCACCCAGCACACACCCCAGCCCUUCCGAAAGCACAGCACACACUCCGAACACGGCCCCGGCCACCACCCCGGGCACAUCCCCUGGACCAACUCCUCCCACAGCCCCCUCCCCGCCCUCGUCCCGGCCGCACUGUGGGGAGGACUGCCAGUGGUCGCCGUGGCUGGAUGUCAGCCGUCCAGGAUGGGGCAUAGACAGCGGUGACUUCGACACGCUGGAGAACCUCCGUGCCUAUGGGUACCGGGUUUGCCGAGCGCCGAGGGCGGUGGAGUGCCGAGCCGAGGGUGCCCCCGAGGUGCCGCUGGAAGUCCUGGGGCAGCACGUGGAGUGCAGCCCGACGGUGGGGCUGACCUGCUACAACAGGGACCAGGCCUCUGGGCGCUGUGACAACUACCAGAUCAGGAUCCUGUGCUGCUCCCCCCGGGCCUGCCCCACUAGCAGUACAGAGACCACCCCUCCUGCAACCUUCAGCACAACUGAAACUGGGCCCACGCCAGGAACCAGAAGGGUUACAUCUGUGCCGACAGGGAGCACAGGUUCCUCAGCCCCUGUCACCACACCUGGCCCAACCACUGCCUCUACGACUAGCAAAACACCUGGCCCAGGUACCUCUACACCUGCCCCAGGUACCUCAACAACUGGGAAAACAACCCUCUCGACUCCCAGCCCAGCGCCAGUUUCAACAACAGUUACAACCACAACCUCUGUGUCAACCACAACCCCAGGGCCCUCGAAGGGAACGUCAUCUGAGCCAACCCAGGUCACCUGUUUACAAGAAUCAUGCACCUGGACCAAGUGGAUUGACGGCAGCUACCCUGGGGCAGAGAGGAACAGUGGAGAUUUUGACAGUUUUCAGAAUCUGAGAUCCAAAGGUUAUAAAUUCUGUGCAAAGCCCAAGAACGUGGAAUGCCGGGCAGAGGUCUUUCCCAACACCCCACUGCAGGCACUGGGGCAGAACCUGAUCUGUGACAAAAACGUGGGGCUGAUUUGCUGGAACAAAGACCAGCUGCCCCCCAUCUGCUACAACUACCAAAUCCGGAUCCUGUGCUGUGAGGUGGUGGACGUUUGCGGAACAAAUAUCACACCCCCUACCACACCUGGGCCCACACAGACGACCACAGGCGAAACCAGCACUGCCCGGGCCACUGCAACCUUCUCGUCUUCCACACAACACAGCACUGCCAGCUCGGCACACGUGCCCCCAAGAACGAGGGUCACAACCAGAACAAAUGAGCGGACCUCUCUGGGGACCACCUCCUGCCAGCCACAGUGCACAUGGACCAAGUGGUUCGAUGCGGACUUCCCAUCUCCUGGGCCCCACGGAGGAGACUUUGAAACCUACAGCAACAUCGUCAGAAGAGGAGAGAAGAUCUGCCACCGACCCGAAUACAUCAGCGCCCUGGAGUGCCGAGCCGAGAACCAUCCAGAUGUCAGCAUCCAGACGCUGGGGCAGGUGGUACAGUGUAGCCCGGAAGUGGGCUUGGUGUGUCGGAACCGGGACCAGAAGGGCAAGUUCAGGAUGUGCCUCAACUACGAGGUGCGCGUGCUGUGCUGUGAGCCCCAGGAAGGUUGCACUGUCACACAUGUCACAGUUCCCAGCACCUCAAGUGUGAGUGUCACCAGCCAGACAAGGACCACCUCCCAUGAGGCCACAUCCACUCCUAGAACCAGCACCACCACUAUUGAGACAGCCAGCACAACCUCAUCUCCUACAACCAGCACCACCACUGUGGAGACAACCGGCCCAACCACAGCUUCUACAACCAGCACAACCUCAGCUCCUACAACCAGCACCACCACUGUGGAGACAACCAGCCCAACCACAGCUCCUACAACCAGUACCACCACUGUUGAGACAGCCAGCACAACUUCAGCUCCUACAACCAGCACCACCACUGUGGAGACAACCAGCCCAACCACAGCUCCUACAACCAGCACAACCUCAGCUCCUACAACCAGCACCACCACUGUGGAGACAACUGGCCCAACCACAGCUCCUACAAGAAGUACCACCACUGUGGAGACAACCAGCCCAACCACAGCUCCUAGAACCAGCACCACUACUGUGGAGACAACCAGCCCAACCACAGCUCCUAGAACCAGCACAACUUUUGUCCCUAUACUGGAAACAACCCACUCCCAACCCGGGACCACCUCCUGCCAGCCACAGUGCACAUGGACCAAGUGGUUCGAUGCGGACUUCCCAUUUCCUGGGCCCCACGGAGGAGACUUUGAAACCUACAGCAACAUCAUCAGAAGAGGAGAGAAGAUCUGCCACCGACCCGAAUACAUCAGCGCCCUGGAGUGCCGAGCUGAGAACCAUCCAGAUGUCAGCAUCCAGACGCUGGGGCAGGUGGUACAGUGCAGCCCGGAAGUGGGUUUGGUGUGUCGGAACCGGGACCAGAAGGGCAAGUUCAGGAUGUGCCUCAACUACGAGGUGCGUGUGCUGUGCUGUGAGCCCCAGGAAGGCUGCACUGUCACACAAGUCACAGUUCCCAGCACCUCAAGUGUGAGUGUCACCAGCCAGACAAGGACCACCUCCCAUGAGGCCACAUCCAGUGCAACCACUGUGCAGACAACCAGACCAACCGCAGUGCCUAUAACCAGCACAACCUCUGUGGAGACAACCAGCCCAACCACAGCUCCUACAACCAGCACCACCACUGUGGAGACAGCCAGCACAACCUCAGCUCCUACAACCAGCACCACCACUGGGGAGACAACCGGCCCAACCACAGCUCCUAGAACCAGCACCACCACUGUUGAGACAGCCAGCACAACCUCAGCUCCUACAACCAGCACCGCCACUGUGGAGACAACCAGCCCAACCACAGCUCCUACAACUAGUGCCACCACUGUGGAGACAACCAGCCCAACCCCAGUUCCUACAAUUAGCACCACCACUGUUGAGACAACCAGCCCAACCACAGCUCCUAGAACCAGCACCACCACUGUGGAGACAGCCAGCACAACCUCAGCUCCUACAACCAGCACCACCACUCACAACCUCAGCUCCUACAACCAGCACCACCACUGUGGAGACAACCGGCCCAACCACAGCUCCUACAACCAGCACAACCUCAGCUCCUACAACCAGCACCACCACUGUGGAGACAACUGGCCCAACCACAGCUCCUACAAGAACCAGCACAACUUCAGCUCCUACAACCAGCACCACCACUGUGGAGACAACCAGCCCAACCACAGCUUCUACAACCAGCACAACCUCAGCUCCUACAACCAGCACCACCACUGUGGAGACAACCAGCCCAACCACAGCUCCUACAACCACUCCUACAACCAGCACAACCUCAGCUCCUACAACCAGCACCACCACUGUGGAGACAACUGGCCCAACCACAGCUCCUACAAGAACAACAUCAUCAGAAGAGGAGAGAAGAUCUGCCACCGACCCGAAUACAUCAGCGCCCUGGAGUGCCGAGCUGAGAACCAUCCAGAUGUCAGCAUCCAGACGCUGGGGCAGGUGGUACAGUGCAGCCCGGAAGUGGGUUUGGUGUGUCGGAACCGGGACCAGAAGGGCAAGUUCAGGAUGUGCCUCAACUACGAGACCACAGCUCCUACAACCAGCACCACCACUCAGGGACUCAGCACGUGUGAGCCCCGCUGUCAGUGGACACAGUGGUUUGACGAGGACUACCCCAAGUCCGAGAAGGCCGGGGGGGACGUCGAGUCCUACGACAAGAUCAGGCGUGCGGGAGGGGCCGUGUGCGAGCAGCCCCAGGGCAUAGAGUGCCAGGCCGAAAACUUCCCCGACGUGAGGCUGGAGGAGCUGAACCAGCGCGUGCACUGUGACGUCAGCUUCGGCCUGGUCUGCAGGAACGACGAGCAGGUGGGCCUGUUCAAGAUGUGCUACAACUACAAAAUCCGUGUGCUGUGCUGUGGGUACAGCCACUGCGGGGAGCCCACGUCCCCCACUGCCACUGCCACCGCAUCCAGUGUCACAGCCCCCACGGCCACCACCUCCACUGCCACAGCCACCACUGUGGCCACCUCUACAGCCCCCACUGCCACCACAUCCACUGCCACAGCCCCCACGGCCACCACCUCCACUGCCACAGCCACCACUGUGGCCACCUCUACAGCUCCCACUGCCACCACAUCCACUGCCACAGCCCCCACUGCCACCACAUCCACUGCCACAGCCACCACUGUGGCCACCUCUACAGCUCCCACUGCCACCACAUCCACUGCCACAGCCCCCACUGCCACCACAUCCACUGCCACAGCCCCCACGGCCACCACCUCCACUGCCACACCCACCACUGUGGCCACCUCUACAGCUCCCACUGCCACCACAUCCACUGCCACAGCCCCCACUGCCACCACAUCCACUGCCACAGCCCCCACGGCCACCACCUCCACUGCCACAGCCACCACUGUGGCCACUUCUACGGCCACCACUGCCACCGCAUCCACUGUCACAGCCCCCACUGCCACCGCAUCCUCUGCUACAGCCACCACUGUGGCCACCUCUACAGCCACCACUGCCACCGCAUCCACUGCCACAGCCCCCACGGCCACCACCUCCACUGCCACAGCCACCACUGUGGCCACUUCUACGGCCACCACUGCCACCGCCUCUACAGCCACCACUGCCACCGCAUCCACUGCCACAGCCCCCACGGCCACCACCUCCACUGCCAUAGCCACCACUGUGGCCACCUCUACAGCCCCCACUGCCACCGCAUCCACUGCCACAGCCCCCACGGCCACCACCCCCACUGCCACAGCCACCACUGUGGCCACCUCUACAGCUCCCACUGCCACCGCAUCCACUGUCACAGCCCCCACGGCCACCACCUCCACUGCCACAGCCACCACUGUGGCCACCUCUACGGCCACCACUGCCACCACAUCCACUGCCACAGCCCCCACUGCCACCGCCUCCACAGCAACCACUGUGGCCACCUCUACAGCCACCACUGCAGCCACCUCCACUACCACAGCCCCCGCCCCCAUAGCCCCCACGUCCCCCACUUCCACUGCCACAGCCACCACUGCCACAACCUCCACUGCUACAGUCACCACUGCAGCCACCUCUACUGCUGCCAUUGCCACAGUGGCCACCUCUGCUGCCACAGCCUCCACGUCUCCCACUGCCUCCAGCACCACCACCGCUGUGUCACCAGCCACGCAGCCCAGGACACGGCCAGGGAGCACAGGGGUGACCAGGUCCCCCGCCAGCAGUGCCACACCAGCACCUUCCCUUUCCACGGGACUGACAGCCCAAGUGACAUCCUCGAGGCCCAGCCACACAGGCACACUCCCAGUGUUUGCCACGUCGGUCCUCCCGACUCACACAGCCUCAAGGGGGCCCACCCCGGCAUCAGUGACGAUGCAAACCUCCACGUCUCAGCUGUUGACGGGAACAGCAGUGGGCAAAACAGGUACCACCUCCACCGGCCCGCUGUCCACCUCGCACCCUGAGACCAGCAUGCCGGGAACCCUGGUGUCGACGGGCACCACCACGUGUGAGCCCCGCUGUCAGUGGACAGAGUGGUUUGACGAGGACUACCCCAAGUCCGAGGAGGCCGGGGGGGACGUCGAGUCCUAUGACAAGAUCAGGCGUGCGGGAGGGGCCGUGUGCGAGCAGCCCCAGGGCAUAGAGUGCCAGGCCGAAAACUUCCCCGACAUGAGGCUGGAGGAGCUGAAUCAGCGCGUGCACUGUGACGUCAGCUUCGGCCUGGUCUGCAGGAACGACGAGCAGGCGGGCCUGUUCAAGAUGUGCUACAACUACAAAAUCCGCGUGCUGUGCUGUGGGUACAGCCACUGCGGGGAGCCCACGUCCCCCACUGCCACUGCCACCGCAUCCAGUGUCACAGCCCCCACAGCCACCACCUCCGCUGCCACAGCCCCCACUGUGGCCACCUCUACAGCUCCCACUGCCACCACAUCCACUGCCACAGCCCCCACGGCCACCACCUCCACUGCCACAGCCACCACUGUGGCCACCACAUCCACUGCCACAGCCCCCACGGCCACCACCUCCACUGCCACAGCCCCCACGGCCACCACCUCCACUGCCACAGCCACCACUGUGGCCACCUCUACAGCCCCCACUGCCACCACAUCCACUGCCACAGCCCCCACGGCCACCUCCUCCACUGCCACAGCCACCACUGUGGCCACUUCUAUGGCCACCACUGCCACCGCAUCCACUGGCACAGCCCCCACGGCCACCGCAUCCACUGCUACAGUCACCACUGUGGCCACCUCUACAGCCACCACUGCCACCACAUCCACUGGCACAGCCCCCAUGGCCACCACCUCCACUGCUAGAGUCACCACUGCAGCCACCUCCACUGCUGCCAUUGCCACAGCGGCCAACUCUGCUGCCACAGCCCCCACGUCCCCCACUGCCUCCAGCACCACCACCACUGUGCCACCAGCCACGCAGCCCACAACAUGGCCGGGGAGCACAGGGGUGACCAGGUCCCCCAGCAGCAGUGCCACACCAGCGUCUUCCCUUUCCAUGGGACUGACAGCCCGAGUGACAUUGAGUCCCAGCCACACAGGCACGCUCCCGACAUCUGCCACGGGGAGCCUCACAUCUCCCCCAGGGUCCACAGAGCCCACCAUCCCAGGGAGGGCCACGUCGGUCCUCCCGACUCACACAGCCUCAAGGGGGCCCACCCCGACGUCGGUGACGACGGAAACCUCCACGUCUCAGCUGCUGACGGGAACAGCAGUGGGCACAACGGGCACCACCUCCACCGGCCCGCUGUCCACCUCGCACCCUGAGACCAGCAUGCCGGGAACCCCGGUGUCGACGGCCACCACUGGGGCCACCACCAGCCAGGGCACAACCAGCUGUCAACCCAAGUGCCAAUGGACAGAGUGGUUUGAUGUGGACUUCCCCACCUCGGGGGUCAGGGGCGGAGACAUGGAGACCUAUGACAACAUCCGGGCCGCGGGCGGCAAGAUGUGUCAGCAGCCACAGAAGAUUGAAUGCCGGGCGGAGAGCUACCCCGAGGUGAGCGUCGAUCAGAUCGGGCAGGUGCUCAGCUGCAGCCUGGAGGUCGGGCUGGUCUGCAGGAACGAAGAGCAGAGGGGGCGGUACACCAUGUGCUUCAACUACAACAUCCGUGUGUACUGCUGCGAUGAUGUCCGGCACUGCCCCACCACGGCUACCCCCCACCUCACCUCCACCACACUGCCCGCCACCAGCAGCUCCACAGCCACGGUGCCAUGGCCCUCGACCUCUGCCACGACCCAGACCCAACCCACCUCCACCGCACCGCCUGCCACUGGCAGAUCCACGGCCACAGUGCCAAGUCCCUCGAUCUCUGCCGUGACCCAGACAGGUGCCCCCACCACGGCCCCUCCAACUGCGCACAUUCACGAGACCACCUUCGGGACCACCCUGCUACCCACCCCCGUGACGCCCAACACUAGGGCUACCACCUACACCCGCUCCCUGCACCCCACAGCCUCUCCUCAGGUCACAGAGCUCCCCACCAGGCCCUUCAAGACCACACCCGGACCCCCCAUCACCACACCCAGCACAGGCCACGCCACCUACAGCACAGGGGCCAGCACCAGAGCCUCCGUAUCCACCCGCAUGCCUGAGCCCAGCACCUCCUCACUGGGCACCACCCUCCGCUCCUCCAUGGCCACCUCCACAGCCACAGUGUCCUCGCAGAAGACCCAUACCUCCAGCCCCCCGUUGGUCACCACGUCCCCAGACACCGGGUCCACGGCCUGUCAGCCUCGCUGUGCCUGGACAGACUGGCUGGACCAGAGCUACCCGAUGCCAGGGGCCUCUGGGGGGGACUUCGAGACCUACGCUAACAUCCAGGCGGCCGGUGGGGCCAUCUGCCAGCAGCCUCUGCAGCUGCAGUGCCGGGCCGAGGCCCUGCCUGAGGAGGCCCUGCAGGAUCUGGGCCAGGCGGUGCAGUGCCGGCUGGAGGAGGGCCUGGUGUGCCGGAACCGAGACCAGAGUAGCCUGAUGUGCCUCAACUACCAGAUCCGCGUGUUCUGCUGCGACCACAGCCACUGCCCCAGCCCCGCCGGUCCCACGUCCACCACGCCGGCCCCCUCACCCUCCACCAUCAGCACCAGCACUGGCAGGCUGUCAUCGAAGGUCACCACCCAGACGCACCUCUCCUCCCCAGGGACGAUCAAGAGGGCCUCCACCCCCACCCCUCUGACAGGUCCCUCCUCCACGGGGACCACCGAGGGGGUCUCCACCCCCACCCACGUGACAGGUCCCUCCUCCACGGGGACCACCCAGAGCAUCUCCUCCACCACCCACAUGACAGGUCCCUCCUCCACAGGGACCACCAAGAGGGUCUAUGCCACCACCAGUGUGACAGGUCCCUCCUCCACGGGGACCACCAAGAGGGUCUAUGCCACCACCAGUGUGACAGGUCCCUCCUCCACGGGGACCACCCAGAGCAUCUCCUCCACCACCCAUAUGACAGGUCCCUCCUCCACAGGGACCACCCAGAGCAUCUCCUCCACCACCCGUAUGACAGGUCCCUCCUCCACGGGGACCACCAAGAGGGUCUAUGCCACCACCAGUGUGACAGGUCCCUCCUCCACGGGGACCAGGCAGAGUGUCUACACCUCCACCCGUGUGACAGGUCCCUUCUCCACGGGGACAACCCAGAGGAUCUCCACCCCCACCACUCUGACAGGUCCCUCCUCCAUGGGGACCACCCAGAGGGUCUCCACCCCCACCCGUGUGACAGGUCCCUUAUCCUCUGGGACCACCCAGAGAGUCUAUACCUCCACCAUUGUGACAGGUCCUUCCUCCACGGAGACCACCAAGAGGGUCUAUGUCACCACCAGUGUGACAGGUCCCUCCUCCACGGGGACCAGGCAGAGUGUCUACACCUCCACCCGUGUGACAGGUCCCUUCUCCACGGGGACAACCCAGAGGAUCUCCACCCCCACCACUCUGACAGGUCCCUCCUCCACGGGGACCACCCAGAGGGUCUCCACCCCCACCCGUGUGACAGGUCCCUCCUCCAUGGGGACCACCCAGAGGGUCUCCACCCCUACCCAUGUGACAGGUCCCUCCUCCACGGGGACCACCCAGAGCAUCUCCUCCACCACCCGUAUGACAGGUCCCUUCUCCACAGGGACCACCAAGAGGGUCUAUGCCUCCACCAGUGUGACAGGUCCCUCCUCCACAGGGACCACCGGGAGGGUCUACACCUCAACCACUGUGACAGGUCCUUCCUACUCUGGAACCACCCAGAGGGUCUACACCUCCACCAGUGUGACAGGUCCCUCCUCCACAGGGACAACCCAGAGAGUCUCCACCCCCACCACUCUGACAGGUCCCUCCCCCACGGGGACCACCCAGAGGGUCUCCACCCCCACCCGUGUGACAGGUCCCUCCUCCACGGGGACCACUGGGAAGGUCUACAUCUCCACCACUCUGACAGGUCCCUUCUCCCCUGGGACCACCGAGAGCAUCUCCACCCCUAGUCCCUCUGCCUUCCCGGGGUCCCCACCCAUGACCACCAAGCCAGGCUUGCCCAGUGUCUUUCCUACGGGUCCCCUUUUGACUUCCCCCAUAUCGACCGCCUCCUGGUCCCCACCCACCACCCCUUCCUGGUCCGGGGUGGCCUCUGGCAGCCCAGGGACCUUCUCCAUCUCCACUGCCUCUCCCAGCCCCACCACAGCCUGCCUUUGCCACGCCUUCGAAAAGUUCUUCCUACCAGGGGACAUCAUCUACAACAAGACCGACGGAGCGGGCUGCCACUUCUUAGCCAUCUGCAACCAGCGCUGUGACAUCGACCGCUUCCAGGGCGCCUGCCCCACCCCCUCACCCUCGGGGACCUCGGCCUCUGUUCCCCCAGACACCCCAGUUCCCGGCUGCGAUCGCACCAUCCCUCCCCGACAGGUGAAUGAGUCCUGGACCCUGGAGGACUGCACGGUGGCUCGGUGUGAGGGUGACAACCGUAUCGUCCUGCUGGGGCCGAAGCCGAUGGGCGACGUCGUCUGCGUGAACGGGCACCUGCCCGUGAGGGUGCAGAGCGGGGAUGGGCCCUGUGACUACAGCUACGAGUGCGAGUGCUCCUGCAGCGGCUGGGGGGACACCCACUACGAGACCUUCGACGGCACGUCCUACUCUUUCCUGGACAACUGCACCCACGUCCUCAUGCGGGAGAUCCGGCCGCGCCACGGCAACCUCAGCAUCCUCCUGUACAACCACUACUGUGAGGCCGCCGCCAGCUGCCCCCGCGCCCUCAGCGUCCACUAUGAGUCCAUGGACAUCGUCCUCACCACCACCCCUGGCGCCGACGGGCAGGAGGAAAGCCUGAUCCUGUUUGGCCAAAUGCGGGUGAGGCAGAGCUUCAGCAAGAACGGCCUGACCGUGACGGCGACAGGGGCCACCGAGAUGAGCAUCGAGAUUCCCGCCAUCGGCGUGAGAGUCAUCUUCAACGGGCGGGUCUUCCAAGCCCAGCUGUCCUACAGCCACUUCAGCUACAACACCGAGGGCCAGUGUGGCACCUGCACCAACAGCCGCAGGGACGACUGUCGCCGGCCUGACGGCACCACGGCCCCCACCUGCCAGGACAUGGCCCGGUCCUGGCUGGUCCCCAACAGCAGCGGGGAGGGCUGCUGGGCACCGACCGGCCUGCCCCCGACCACCAGCCCCCUCUCGCCGGCACUCAGCACACCCACCUCCACUCCGUGCCCCCCGGAACCCCUCUGCGAGCUGCUGCUGAGCCCGGUCUUCGCCGGGUGCCACGGCCUCAUCCCGCCCGGCCCGUUCUUCAGCACCUGUGUCAGCGACAGCUGCGGGCCCAGCCGCCCUGAAGCGCUCUGCCAGAGCCUGGAGGCCUACUCGGCGCUCUGCCGCGCCCGGGGCGUGUGCCCCGACUGGCGCAACGCCACCAGCGGGCUGUGUGACCUCACCUGUCCGCCCACCAAGGUGUAUAAGCCAUGUGGCCCCGUGCAGCCCAAGUCCUGUGACUCCAGGAGCCAGAGCCCGGCGAGCAGGGGGCUGGCAGAGGGUUGCUUCUGUCCCGACGGCCACAUCCUGUUCAACUCACACACGGACGUCUGUGUGCCCGAGUGCCCCUGCGUGGGACCAGAUGGGUUUCCCAAAUUCCCCGGAGAGCGGUGGGUCAGCAAUUGCCAGUCCUGCGUGUGUGACGAAGGCUCCGUGUCGGUGCAGUGCGUCCCUGUGCAGUGCGAGGCCCGGGACCAGCCACAGGAAUGUGGCUGGGCCGGCUUCGUGGCCCAGACCAGGCCCCUGGCCGACAACCCUUGCUGCAUGGAAACUCUGUGUGUCUGCAACACAAGCACGUGCCCCCAGAGCCCACCCAAAUGUAGGCCGGGAGAGGAGCUGGCCUGCACCCAGGCGGAGAACAGCUGCUGCCCCACCUUCAGCUGCCGGCCUCAGUUGUGCACCUACAACGGCACCGUCUACGGGGUCGGUGCAACCUUCCCAGCGGUCAUUCCCUGCCACACGUGCACCUGCCUGUCCGUGGACACCCAUGACCCGACCGUGCAGUGUGAGGAGGAUGCCUGCAACGCCACUUGUCCCCAGGGCUUCCAGUACUCGAGGGUGGCCGGGCAGUGCUGCGGGGAGUGCGUGCAGACAGCUUGCCUCACGUCCGACGGCCGGCUGGUCCAGCCCAACGAGACCUGGGUCAACAGCCUCGUGGACAACUGCACGUUGUACCACUGCCAGGCUGAGAACGGGCCCCCUAUGCUGACCCCGACGCCCGUCGCAGAUCCGCCUCCACCGCCUUUCGUCUGCCCAGACUCCUGCCAGGUACGCGCCAGUAUGACGGUCCUGCGACACCGGGGCUGCGCCACCCAGGCCGCCGUCAGCGUCCCCUUCUGCGAGGGCUUCUGCCCGGGAGCGUCCCGGGCCCAGCUUGCUACAGGAAGGAAAGAAGGGCCGCCCCAACAGGGCUGCACCAACCCUGGGGCCUUCCCUGACCCCCAGAGCCCGGCCUGGGAGAGCUUGGCUGGGGGCCACGUGGGGCAGGGCACCAGGGCUACCCCCCAAAAGUCAGAGUCCACGUGCAGGACGGGCAGAAUCCGGGGGGACCAGACUGUCAGGGCAGAGCUGCUGGCAGAGCCCCGCCCCACCCCCGAUGCCUGGGCUGCAGCCAGCUGUGAGCAGACCGGCUGGAAGAGGCAGGAGGAUGGGUCCAGGCCUGGCUGGAGGGCCCCGGGCAGGUUCCUGGAGGAGGGGUCUGACAGGGUCAGCAAGUCAGAGGAGCUGCUUUGGGAAAGAACGGGGGCCUGGCUGGGGAAGGUCAGGGUUCCAAGUGACCGAGAGCGCUGCCCGGGCCAGUACAGAGCAGCCCCGAGCGCUCAGGAAACAGGCACAGGGCCGCUGUCUCCCGACCCCCGCGAAACCAGGAGCCGGGCAGUCCGCGCGGUUGUGGCUGGUGGGCAGGUCCUGAGGGCCGUGUGUCUGCAGGAGACCAGGGCCCACCAGGAGGUGGUGACCAUGCAGUGUCCCAACGGGACGGCCUUCCAGCACACCUACACCCACGUGGACGAGUGCAGCUGUGGCCCAUCCUGCGUCUCCUCGGCCCAGGCUCCCGAGGACAGCACCCCCACCUUCCCGAUCUAUGGGUCCACCGCUCCAGAACACGCAGCACCCGACCACAGAAACCGCAGGAGCCCACGCACACCUCCCGCGAAUACCACUGCCCCCGCCCACUCUACACCUGCCCCAGGUGAAACCCAGGCCCUGGAGGGUGACAGCGUAGUGGGGGUCGGCUUGAGGAGGACCCCAGGCGGGGGGCGCCUGCCCUCAGAGCCCCUCCUGCCUGCUUUGGCCACCUGCCUGGCCUUCGGGACCUGA